AUUCCAGUGUGUCAUACUUAGAUUACAAGAAAGUUAUUAAUGUUAACUCCUAAUAAUCGCGUAAAAACGAUGGAUCUGCUGUUUAUUUUAUUCCUAUUCAACAAGUGCUUUACUGCUAACGGUGGUAAUUUACAAGAAGAUGUAAAAUUUUAUCACGUUACUUUAGAAAGCAAUUACAUAGAAGUCGAAUUAAACACUACGGAUUUAUUAACUUGUACUCACGACCAAGAAAUUAAAAUUUACGUUCACGGUUGGUCAGAUGAUAUAAAUUCGGUAAUAUUUUCGAAUUUCGUUGAAGAAUAUCACAACAUCGGUUUCGACAAUAUUUUCGGCAUCGAUUGGGCAAAACCAGCAAAAAAUCGCUAUUCGGCUUCUAUCGAUGUAGUUGAAGAAAUCGGUUAUUACUUAGCCGAUUUUAUAGAAUCGUUAAAUGUUAAUUUAAACGUUAAUUAUUCGCAAAUCCAUUUAAUUGGUCAUUCUUUGGGGGCUCAUAUUUGCGGUUACGCAGGGCAACGUAUUAAAUUAUUACAAAAAGAGUUGAUCGGAAGAAUUACUGGGUUAGAUCCUGCUGGACCGAAAUUUCAAAAAUCUCCGCCAAAUCAAAGAUUAAGCAUUGAUGACGCUUUAUUUGUGGAUAUAAUUCAUACAGAUUCGGGAAGUUUGGGUUAUGACGGGUCAUUAGGUCAUGCUGAUUUUUAUCCAAAUGGUGGAUCAAAUCAACUUGGAUGUGGAAUAUUUGAGAUUUCUUGCAGUCAUAAUAGAGCUCGAGAUUAUUUUAUAGAAAGUAUUAACAGUGAAGUAUUUCUUGGGGUUUCUUGUGAUAAUUACCUCAAAUUUGAGAAUGGGGAUUGCGAUAGUAAUGAUGUUGCUAUUAUGGGUGAGAAUAUUGAUAGAAACGUUAGAGGAAACUUUUACUUAAAAACUAAUUACUCAAGUCCUUUCGCUAUAAAUUAACUUUAUUUAAUUAUAUUAAGUUAGCGUAGUAUUUUCUAAUUUGAUCUAAUUCGUCUUUGUUCAUUUAAAUUUGUAAAAACAAAGUAUUUAAAUAAAACCACCAGUUUUUAUCAGA